CGUUACACACCAACGGAAGAAACUAGCAAACAACAGCAGAGGCGGAGGAUAGGUUUUCGUGAAUGCUUCACCUCUCAUGUGGAAGAAUUGGUUUCCAUAUCAGAUGCUUGCUCCAGUUACGUCUCCGGAGGAUCAACACACCUGCCACUGACACAUUUUGACACCAAGCGCCAUUGCUGUUUGUUUGUUUGUUAGCUAACGUUAAGUAUGCCGGCCGCAGUAGCAGGGAGAAUUGAUUUGCCACCGACCAGAACAAUAACUGUCUACAGGAACGGAGACGCCUUUUUUCCUGGGAGAAAAAUAGUUGUAAAUCAGCGGCAUUUGUCGACUUUUGACAACUUUUUGACCCUCCUGACCAAAGUGAUGGAGGCUCCGUUUGGUGCCGUCAGGAGGCUGUACACUCCCAGCGAGGGCCGCAAAGUUCGGCGUUUGGACGACCUGAAGCAUGGAAAGGUGUAUGUUGCAGCCGGAAACGAGCACUUCAAAAAGCUGGACUAUUGUUCAAUAACAACCAAGAAGCCACCGAAUAAGAAGAAAGAACAGAUCCAACCUGUUGUUCACAGCAGAAUAGUAGUUUCUGCUCGCUGGAAGAAAACUGCCGACGAGUCUUGCACCAUAAAUGUCUUGACCAAUGGAGAAAUCUUGGUUCCUCCAGCUCGAAUACGAAUCCCAAAGCAUACUCUGAGAAGCUGGGAAAAUGUUCUAGCCAUGGUGACAGAGAAAGUGCGUCUGCGCACUGGCGCUGUGCACAGGCUUUGCACAUUAGAUGGACAUCCUCUCUGUGGUCCCACUGAACUGGAGAACAACCAGUACUAUGUCGCAGUUGGUGCAGAGAAGUUUAAAGAUCUCCCAUAUGAUCGUCACAAGACCUGCAAGGAUUUAAUCAAAGAAAACAACAUGAUCGAACGCCAAGACAUCCUGCCUACUAUUAGAAAGACAAGACAUCCGAAGGAUGUGUUUGCUCACACAGGCUUUAGAGAGGACCUUGAGCACACAGCCAGGGGCCAGAUGAAGAAACAAGCCAAACCGGAGAGAACCAAACAACAGAAGCAGGUGUCCAGAAGCCCAGUUCUCUUCUCAACAGGGGAGGGCAGCGUGUUCAAUGCAAAAAACAAAAGGAGUGAGAUGGCAGGAGCGGCAGAGGUGCAGGAAGACGGCCAGUUGAAGGUGGACUUGCCUAUUGAUCAGGUUGAGGCCAAGAUAGUUGACGAGGAGUAUGAGGAUGGGAGUUGUUCUGUGAGUCCCUGCAAGGCCUUCCUCCAUGAUUCAGACAGCUUGUGUCUGCAGAGGUCUUUGUCUGCAGGUCCCAGGAAGGAUGAGGCUAAAGGCUGGGAUGUGUGUUCCAGGUUCCACAGAAUACAGUCACGGGUGUCCCGCUUUUUCAAGGGAAAAGUGAAACCUUAACCCUCAUAACUUUGAUCGGCAUGGCAUUCAUUCACAAGAAUAGUGUCAGACUGCUGAGGACCAGACGUCCUUGUUCUCUUCCGUCUCCAGAAGCCAGCUGCUCAUGUAUAAGAUGAAACAGUGUUAUAAACCAAAUAAAAAUGUCUUGCCUCUUGACAGCC